UGCUCAACUCACGCGAGCCAGCCUUCGUCAGCUCCGGGGCGCGUGCCAGUCUCGAGGCGGAGGGGACAGCUCCCAGGUGCUGAAACUGUGCCGGCGCAGCCAAAAGAGAGACGCGGAGAAGGCGAUAGACUCUCCCGUUAGAGCCCGUAUCCUGCACCACUGAGGCAGAUACUGAUAGAAAGCCGAGGCCUUCAAAACAGAUGGCUGCCACUCAGGAUAUGAAAGGGAAGGGAGAGGGAGGGGACCAAAAUUUUGACUACAUGUUCAAGCUGCUGAUCAUCGGCAACAGCAGCGUGGGCAAAACGUCAUUCCUGUUCCGCUACGCCGAUGAUGCCUUCACUUCAGCUUUUGUCAGCACGGUGGGCAUCGACUUCAAAGUGAAGACUGUCUACAAGAAUGACAAGAGGAUCAAACUGCAGAUCUGGGACACAGCAGGCCAGGAGCGCUACAGGACGAUCACCACAGCUUACUACCGCGGGGCCAUGGGCUUCAUCCUCAUGUACGACAUCACCAAUGAGGAGUCCUUCGGCGCUGUGCAGGACUGGUCAACCCAAAUAAAGACCUACUCCUGGGAUAACGCUCAGGUGGUGCUGGCUGGGAAUAAGUGUGAUAUGGACGAAGAGCGAGUGGUGUCCGUGGACAGCGGCAGGCUGCUGGCAGAACAGCUGGGUUUUGAGUUCUUUGAGACGAGCGCCAAGGACAACAUCAAUGUGAAGCAGACCUUUGAACGUCUGGUCGACCUAAUUUGCGACAAGAUGUCCGAGAGCUUGGACGCUGACCCGGCCGUCACCACGGGAGCCCCCACCGCCAAACUCACAGACAGUGCUCCGCCCCUCCAGCAGCCCGGAUGCAACUGUUAGUGAGCGGCGAGCCGAAAAGGAGAGCAAGGUCCCCGUAAGGUGGUGUAGAGUGUUGUUCUCCCUCAGCAUUAUCACUCCUGCUAGUGCUGCUUUCUCUGGACUUACAGUUCAAACCCUGUUUAGUAGUAGAGUUACAAAAUGCUGUUAUAUUAUCUCACAACUUUCUCACCUUAUAUCAAGAGCAAAUAACCGGGAAAACAAACAUGGCUAACGUGAAACGUGAAACAUUACAAGAUAUCUAGAAUAUAGAGACACCGUAUUCUCAUUCCUUAGCUAGUGAGUCUGGUUAGAAACAAAAGUAUGUUUGGUAAGGCUGAAAAUAGUCUGUAGUCCUAGUGUAAGUUAAUCCUUAAGAAUUUAAAACAAUAAUUACACAAAAGGGGGAAUAGAGUCAGUGAGUGCUUGAAUAAUUAUUUUAUUUUUUGUACAUUCAUAGGUUUAUUUUGUUUCCUGAACCUGCCAAAUCUAUGAUUUUGUGCACUAGAGGAUGUAGCGGUCUUUUUUCUUUUUUUUGGUGUAAUGAGUGUGUGUGCGUGUGUGUGUGUGUUGUGUGACUUUGAGUGUGGGCUUGCAUGAUGAGUGUGAAGAUUAUGUCUGAUUUACAAAUGAUUGCAACUUUGCCAUCUUCAAAAAAACAAAAAAAACAAAACAAAAACAUCUACCUUGAAAAAAGUGGCCUUUUAGCAUUUCUGACAUGGCCUCUGUAAGUCUCCCCCCCAUCCUGUUACUUUUGGGAAUGAAUCCAGUGCGUGUAACAUUGAUGUGAGCACUCGUCCUCCUCUUGCUGUCAGUAGAUGUGUGAUUUUCCUCUGAUAAGUGUAUCUGUAAAUCUUAAAAAAAAAAAAAGCAACUAUUUCCUUGUGCUCAGCCUGGAAGGCAACCCUUUAUAGUUUGAUGCAACGAGCAUGCUGCCAAAAAGUGGAAAACAAUGUGCUGUUUUUUCUGGAAGAUAGGCCUUACCUGAACCCAACCAUCCUCAAAGCCACCCGACAUACAGCAGACGAUGAGCUCCGGCACGGAAUAAACAGCCAUAUGUUUGAAAAAAAAAAAUACAUUAAAUAACAAAAUAAAAUAAAAGUUAAACUUUUGAGUCAGCAUGCUUAAAUUCAAUGUUUCUGCUGUA